AUGUCUCGACUAUCCAGAGUACCCCUCAAAGCCAGAGAAUCGGUAUUUACAGCUGGACCAGAACACUACAUCGGCGACACACAGGCGAUCUGCCCACCAAGCCUGUUCGAAUGCGUUGCGGCGAUGGAGGACUGUUGUGAAGAGACAUUUGAAGCUCAACAUUUGCUGAGAAACGGUACAAGGGAUUUCCCGAGGAUGACGAAGGUUUUGCAGAGCGAGAGGGUUUUUGAAUUGACAACAGAAGGAACCGUCAAGAAGUACCAAAGGGGGCUUGUGGAUGAUAUUGAGCCCACUGUUAGCGAGCUUCUGUCGAGAGCUGAGCAAGGGUUAGCUAGUCUGGAGAAGAAAGAGGCAACCCUUCAGUCAAGGCUUGACAACGGUCCAGGAAAUGCUAAACCAACUGCUGGAAUAACCGCCGCUCAGAAAUCGGAAGCCCGAAGGUUAUUCCUUCUUUCUAAACAACGAGAACGGUUGGAGCAGCAGGCUAGGGCUUUGGAAGAGGAAGUAAUGUUACUGGAAGCACGCGCGCACAAGAAGUAA